AUGUUAGGAUAUAAAGGAAGUUCUAUGAUUUCUAAAUGUGGUUCAUAUAAUCUUUUAGGAGGAUAUAAUGUAUGCGGAAAAGGUUGUGUUAUAACCAAUAAAUAUGAAUCAAUUAAUCCUGUAUACAGUUAUUAAUUAACUUUCAUGUUUAUGAUGGUUGAUUCAUGGGAUAAUGGUGAGUUUUUUAUAAUUACUAUAAAUGAAAAUGAGGCAUAUCGUGAAUCUAAAGUUAAAGGGUCAAAAGACUUAUGUGGAUUUGCUACCUCUGAAGACACUUAAUCUGCGAAUUUCGAAUAUAAAACUAGUGACUAAAUUAUUAAUGUUAAAUUUAUUAAUAACAUGGAUGAAAAUCCUGAUACUGAAUCUAUAGGUAUAAGCGAAUUUAUAAUUUAUGCUAAUGAAUGUAUGGCUGAAUGCUUAGAAUGCACUGACGCUACUACUUGUAGUAAAUGUAAAGAAGGCAAGUAUUUAGAUGCAAGUAGGUGUAUUGAUUGUAUUGCAAAUUGUGAAAAAUGUACAAAAAAAGAUUCUUGUGAUUUAUGCAAAAAUGGAUAUUUUUAUAAUGAUUUUUAAUGUGUUUCAGUCUGUCCAAAUAAUAAAUAUAAAAAUGUUACGACUAGAACUUGCCAUGAUUGUGAUAAUAAAUGUAAAACUUGUUCUGAUGCAACCGAUUGUGAUACUUGCUUACAGAAUAGAGUUGCACCUGCUUGUGGAUGUCCUGAUUAUAAUUAUGAUAACUUGAAUUACUAAUAAGCUUGUUUUGCAUGUUCUGAUAUAUCUGUUGGAUGUUCUACUUGUGAUAACAAAACUUGCUAAGCAUGUUUAGCACCGCGUUUUUUAGAUGGAAAUUCAUGUUUAAAUCCUUGUCCUGCAGGCAAAUGGGGUAAUACGGCAAACAGAUAAUGCGAAAAUUGUUUAGCUAAAUGUGCAACUUGUUCUAAUGCAACAAUUGUGACACUUGCUUUCAGAAUAGAGUUGCACCUGAUUGUGGAUGUCCUGCUCACAAUUAUGAUAACUUGA